AUGAAAUUCUUGUUGCUGUCCACUUUCACUCUGCUGGCGGUCACAGGGAGCCCGGCAGCAGAGCGCCAUUCUGAGAGUGAUGUGAGGACUCGAACUCAGACGUCGAAAGCUCCGACCGGAGAGUCCCCGGUACCGCCUGUGGUCGUACCGGAGAGUGAUGUCGAGAUCGAUGAUUCUCUCCAAGCUCGCCAGCAACUCCUGGAUCCAUGCGAGCAAGGACAAGGAGUUUGCAUGUCCGGGUUGGACUGCAGCUUCCAACGUGGCAACAACAUAGGAAAUUGUGACGGUGGCGGCGUAUGUUGCCACAUUGCUAAAACUUGUGAGAAGGGCAGGGAGAUCGAAAUAACGACGAACAACACCUAUUUCGUGGAGCCUCAGAACAUCUGGGAUCCUGAGGGCCCUGUGCAUUGCGGCAUAUCAGUGAGGAAAAUCUCUGGUUUCGGCACUCAAAUAUGUCAGAUGAGACUGGACUUCGUUAAUUUCAACACUGUUGGACCCGACCCGAGAACGGGUGACUGCAGAUACGAUAUGCUCACCAUUGAACAAGGAGACGCGAACGCCAGGAUCCACAAAAUAUGUGGUCUGAACGACGGACAGCACGUGUAUGUCGAUGUCAAGCAUACCGACUCGAUCAAAUUGCGCAUGAACAUCGAUUACUCCAAAGACCCGAACCGUCUACGCAAGUGGAACAUCCGCAUCACUCAACUGCCUUGCCGUUCCCCUCGCUUGGCACCUCCAGGUUGCUUACAGUACUACGAAGACUAUAGCGGAACGAUAAAGAGUUUCAAUUACGGCCCGAUAGGAGUCAAUGAGACAUCUUAUCCCCUGGGCGUACGGUAUUCAAUGUGCUUCAAACGGGGACCAGAGGCUUGUCGGAUUUAUUUGAAGAAAGCCGGACCGUUCGGUCUGGGCGAGGUACCUCGAGAAGAGCAGACUCGUACCGACGCUCUGAACGAAAUCGACCAGCAAUGUUUCGACAGGUUGCAAGUUUCGCGUACAUCGGUCUCGAAGGCGUUCAUUGCUAUCGACCAUACGAAGUUUUGCGGGAAUACUUUCCAAGACGAGUACAGAACAGAGAACAAUGGCGUCAACGUGAUCAGUUUCGUUUCGCCUGCCUACGAAGCCAUUCGUGACGAGGAAGGUAGUAGACAACCCCCCGGUUUCAAAUUCUUCUAUCGACUCCUCGCGUGUGGAACCAGUUGAAUUCGACGGGUGUCGAGUCCCGGAGCUCCGGGAAGAUGAUUCCCUCCCGGAUAUUCUCACAUUUAUUCCCAUCAUGAUUUUUGAGUCGAAGUCUGAUUCGGUCGGAGGGCCGCGCUUCGGAGAGCAGCAACGAAUUAAUAUGUAAAUAAGGGAAAAUACU